AUGGAGAGAUCUCUGCAACUGGCCAACAGGUCCACUCACCAGGAUUUUAUCCUGCUGGGUUUGUCUGCCAGGAAAGACAUCAGGGAUGGUCUGUUUGUUAUUUUUCUGGCCCUCUAUCUGCUGAUCCUCUUAGAGAAUAUGCUAGUUAUCUAUCUCAUCUGCAGCCACCAUGAGUUACUCUACAAGCCCAUGUACUUCUUCCUGGGCAACCUCAGCUGCCUGGAGAUGUGCUAUGUGUCAGUCACCAUGCCCAGCCUGCUCCAGAGCCUGAGGUCCUGCCCUUGCCACGUGUCCUUCACAUCCUGCAUGGCUCAAUUGUUUUUAUUCAUUUCUUUCAUUGGUACCAAGUGCACCCUCCUGGCCUCCAUGGCCUAUGACCGCUAUGUGGCCAUCUGCCACCCACUGCACUACCCACUGCUCAUGAGGCCCCAAGUCUGCUGGGGAUUGGCUUUGUCCUCCUGGGUGGGUGGACUGUUGGUCUCUGUGAUCAAGACCACAUGCAUUGCAAGUCUGUCCUACUGUGGCCCCAAUGUCCUCAACCACUUCUGCGAUGUCUCUCCUCUGCUCAAACUGUCCUGCACCCACGUGGUCCUCACAGAGCUGGUUGACUUUAUUUCAGCCACCAUCAUCUUCUGUGGGUCAUUGCUAGUUGCUCUGGCCUCUUAUGUGGCCAUCAGCAGGGUGCUGAUCCGAAUGUCUUCAGCUGCUGCAAGCCACAAAGCCCUCUCCACCUGUGCCUCCCACCUCCUCGUGAUGGGCAUUUUCUACUCUGUGGUCCUCUUUGUGUAUUCCAGGCCCAGACAUAUCAAAUCCACAGACCUCAACAAGGUGCUGUCAGUCAUCUACACAGUGGCCACGCCCAUGUGUAGCCCAAUCCUCUACUGCUUGCGGAAUAGGGAGGUCCAUGCAGUGCUGAAGAAAACCCUCCAUCUGUGCUGAGAUCCUUGAGAGAGGUGAUGUCCUCCCUCUCCUGGUUUGA